CUCACCGUCUUUCCCUUAAUCCCAUUUGCCAUUGUACAUGCCCAAUCGCCUAUACUUUCCGCAUUUAACUUGGAUGACAUUUUUAUUUCAUCAUUAGCAUCAGACGCCAGACUGACUGACACGGUGGACACAGUUUGCGUUUUGACGAAAGAGCCCGGAGUGAGACAUCUCCAUGUUUAUACAUGUUGUUGUUUUUACCGCUCAAACAUUUUAUUUUAUUAUUUUUCUAGCCUAGAAGAACGGGUGUUUUGAGUCUACGCGUUAAAUCAUUGAGAAGAAUAAAACAGGGACUCCUCGCAGUCAGGAUAUCGACUGCGUGUAAGUCAGCCGUGCUUUUUUUUCUCUUUUAAUUCCUGCUUCCGUGGUCCUCUGCGUUCAGACCACAAACACAGCGAUGCCAGAGACAACGCAAGAGACGUGCGCUUCGGCCAAGGACUCUCCUUUCUUCAUUAAGAACCUGCUUAACUGUGAUAGCAAACCGUCCAAACCCAAGCCCGUACUGGCUGUCACCAAGGCGGCCUUGGAGGGAGGAUUUUCCCUUUCCCAGCUCGGGGACUUCAACUUUCCUCGCUUUGACCUGCCCGCACAGAGGUUCAGUCUACCGGCUCACUACUUGGAGCGCACCUCGGCGUGGUGGUACCCUUACGCCCUCAGCUCAUCCGCCCACCUACACAGAGCCGAAGUCAUCAACAAACUAGCAGCCAGAGACUCCUCUCCAACCUCGGGCACGGACAGAGACUCGCCGGACCUGGUUCUCAAAUCCGAGCCAGACGUCAAAGACGACGACGAGGACGAUGAGCACAACAACAACAAAAGUGGCGACGAGAUUAUCCUGGAGGAGAGCGACACGGAAGAAGCCAAAAAAGACGACCUGGAGGAGUGGAAGAAGAGGGACGACGACAAGAAGCCGUGCCGCAAGAAGAAGACGCGCACGGUUUUUUCCCGGAGCCAGGUUUUCCAGCUAGAGUCCACCUUCGACAUGAAGCGGUACCUGAGCAGCUCGGAGCGCGCCGGCCUGGCCGCGUCUCUGCACCUGACGGAGACUCAGGUGAAGAUCUGGUUCCAGAACAGGAGGAACAAGUGGAAAAGGCAGCUGGCCGCGGAGCUGGAGGCCGCCAACCUGAGCCACGCCGCGGCGCAGAGGAUAGUCCGGGUACCCAUCCUCUACCACGAGAACUCGAUCUCAGAUAACGGAAGCAUCGGUGCCAACGUGCCCGUGAGCCAGCCGCUGCUCACCUUCCCGCACCCGGGAGUCUACUACUCCCAUCCCAUCGUCACAUCCGUGCCGCUGCUCAGACCGGUUUGAAAAUAUUUGAGUCUUGCGGCACAAAUUGGUGUGGAUUUUCAAAAUCAUCUGAAAAGUAAAAAAAAAAAAAAAAGACUUAAUAUUUUUGUACAAGUGACUGAAUGAAGAAAAAAAAGAAAAUAAAGAGACACACUGUCAG